AUGACACGCUUUUUAACGCCCUCCAAAAUCGGCUUGCUGGCUCUCAUCGAGCUCUACACAGAAGCCGCCGUCCCAACCGCAUCCACAAUCCCCAUCUUAUCCUUCGUCCUCAAUCAACUCCUGCCCUCCACAAUCAAAUCGCAAUUUAGAAGUUCUAGUUCUAGCUCGCUAGAAUCCCUUCCAUUCCUCCUCAACCUCCACGCCUUCGAAACACUACUUGCAGCGCAUCCGUCGGCAGCUGGCCUUCCAGGCCGAACAUUAUGGGACAAGUUCCUCGAGAAGCUGUGGGGGAUUGAUAGUCUGAACGCCUUACAUGAGUUCUUUGCGAACAGGGCAUUUCUGCUCGCGAAAAGCCCCGAGGAGAUUAAGAAAGAUGGCGAGAUGGGGAUCCCUCCGCCCUCCCAAGACAUGAUACUACUCUCACGGACGUCGCCAUUUGGGGGUUUCAUCCGCAGAUCGAAGGUCGAAUUCGAUCGUUUGCGUUUCAGCGAUGCGCUGGCACUGUGGAUUGCGUUUGCGAAGUGGCGACAGGAGUCGAAGGUUUACUGUAUAAGGCGGAAUGGCGCGCUGGGCAGGUGGGCUGGGGACAGGGCGUUGGAGGAUGGGGAGUUAGACUGGGGACCGGAGGCUACGGAAAUGCUGGAACUUGUGGCAUAUGGGAAUGAUUUGGACGGAGUGGAUGAUGGGGGUGUCAGUACGGAUGAUGUUGAGAAGCUGUUGGAAUUCCAGGUUGAGCAGAUGCAGAAAUUUGGCAACAGGAUACCAUACGAAGUCAGGGAUAAGUUCAAAAGUAUACUCGAGGGUGGCGUGACGGUCCCAAGCUUGUCCCAUUACCAAAACUUCCUUGAUGCUUGGAGAGCUGGCGACUACCCUACAUCAUUUGAUAAUCUUCACCGAUAUUUUGAUUAUACCAUGCAGAACAGAGACCGCCUUUUCUAUCAGUAUGCCCUUAUGAAUCUUGCGGUUCUGCAAGCAGACUUCGGUUGUUUUGAAGAAGCUGUUGCUGCAAUGCUUGAGACAGUCUCGACUGCGAGGGAGAAUAAGGACAUGGCUUGCCUAAACUUCGCGCUCAACUGGCUAUACCACUUUGGCAAAGCCCAUCCCAAAUUCAUUCGGGGAUCCGAGUCUACAAAUAUGCUCGGAGUUGAAAGAGAAGGCCUCGUUUUCCUCCGAACCAAAGCCAAAGAGACUGGGAUGUGGACACUCUGGAGCUCAUCAUUAUUAAGCGAGGCAAAACUGGGCAUGUCAAAUGGCGAAAGUAUUGCAACUGCUUUCGAAAAUAUGGUGAAGAGUUCGCAGCUCAUUGUGGAGAAGAACAUGAAAAGCAUGAUGGGACCACAGAUGGCAAUGUCCUCUUCGUUAUGGGGCCGCUUGGGCGUGUCCCACCUUUCAAAGGAGUACUGCGAGAUUUUCCUCAGCUGCCAUGCUCGAUAUGCCCUUUUUGAUGACACGUUGAGGUUCUCUUGUCGGAUCGCACAAUUCCUAGCCGAGAAAGGCCAGUACGAUGAAGCUAUGAAGAGACUGGAGAGCAUGGAUGAGAACUCUUUACGAUCAUGGAAAGCCAAUCAAUACUGGCUAAAAUACCGUGGGAUUCUUCGUCUGAAACGGGAUCUCCAUCGAAACAAUCUUGAUGGGGCAGAUCAGUUGCUUUCACAACUUCUGCAAAGCAGUGGAGUUGAUUCUGAUCCGGAUCUCGGGUUUGAGAUCAACCUACUUCAUAUCGACUAUCUCAUCAGACGCACCGAUUUCAGCCGCGCGUUAGCUAAGAUUGAAAACUUAGCCUCGGCGAUGAAGGAAGACGGGGAUGACAUUGCCUUGCGAGUGAAGCUUCUGGUUUUAAAAGCGGGCUUACAGGACAAAUCUGGUCGUCCACAGAAGGGGUUUUCGGUGGCGGUGCGAGCAGCAAGUAUAGCAUGGCGAGCGAGACUCAUCCCACUUCUUUGGGCUGCGAUGGGUGCCAUAGCCAAUAUCCUCAACUCGCUCUCUGAAUUCCAAGCCGCGGCCCAAAUCUUAGUCGCCAUCAUACCUCGAGCGCUUGAAUGCGAAACCUUUUCUAUGGAUGCUCAACUCUAUUCUUAUCUGGUGGAUGCACACAUGGGCUUGGCUGGGAAAGCUGAUGCUGGGAGUUUGAAGCGGAAAGAGAAUCUAACAAGGUGUUUGGAGUUCAUUGAUAGGGCUUUCGACGAGUAUUCAGCGUUGGAAGAUAUCAAGGGGCAGUGUGAGAUGAUGGCGAAGAAGGCUACGAUUAUGAAAGUUGUGGGAGAACCGGUGCUGGCUAAUGAUUACGCCAGCAAGUAUUUGGACUUGAAAAAGGAGGCGAUGUUGGCCCAGGCUUAG